AUGUGGGAGACUACCAAAUCCGCAGGCAAGGCAACUUGGAACGGCCUCUACAAGGUUGCCGAUCAUGUUGGCUUCUGGACUAACAAGCAGGUCGCAAAGAUGGGCAUGGAAGCGUUUUACCCAACACAACUCGAAACCGAAGUGAUCAAGGCCGCCCGCAUUCUUCGUACUUUCACCCUUGACGCAUCAGAUGUAGAGGAGAAGUUCGAAGACCGUAAGAAGACGCAAAAGGUUAUACGAAAGAUCCCCCCUUCUGCUAUCGAUCGAUGUGCUGGCCUAGCGAUCUUCACUGUGUUCCGGACAGGUUUCGUCAUUUCAGGUGCCGGUGGAUCUGGCGUCGUUAUUGCGAAGUUACCAGACGGAUCGUGGUCUGCACCCUCCGGCAUCCUGCUACACACUCUGGGAUGGGGUUUCCUUGCUGGAGCGGACGUUUACGACGUCGUUCUGAUUCUGCGAACUCCUGCCGCGCUCAACUCGUUCACCAGUCCCCGUGUGACACUUGGAGGAGAGAUGGCCGUCUCUGCCGGACCAGUAGGGAACGGCGUUAUGCUUGAAGCGGGGAAGGAGUUGUCCCCGGUAUGGAGCUACACGAAGUCGAAAGGUCUAUAUGGUGGUCUGCAGGUUGAUGGAAACAUCAUGAUUGAGCGGACCGAUGAGAACGCGAGAAGCUACCACAAACCUGGGGUGAAGGCGAGGGACAUCUUGGCCGGAGACGUAUAUGCUCCUGCAUGGUGCGCCCCGCUUCAUCAGACCAUUCUCGCGGCUUCAGGCCACCAGACUGCGAUCGACCAAAUUCCAACAGGCCCUUCGGCCAGUGAGAUCGAAUACUCCCCCCCUCGCCGGCUGGAACGCGAACCAGAAGACGAAGACGACCAAGUUGCACGGGCAGAAAUGGAGGAACGUAUGCGUGAAUUCGGCAUCGAAGAUCCGCACAUCAACGUCCGUCGACAAAGUCACGACGAGUUUAUGGUCCACGAAGAGACCCCUUCAUCUUCCGCCCCCCAAACCCCACCUACCACCACUCCUGGCACUCCCCCUACCAUCAAGGGCAGCCCUGCACCUCCCCGCCCGCCAAGACGAUUUAUCGCCCCUGUCCCAUCACGGCAUCUGAGCGAUCAAUCGAGCUCUCGCCUGUCCACUGGCUCCCAAUCGAAUUAUCCGGACGGCCAGUCCUCCGAGCGAGUGCCAUCCCCGUUGAUUCCUGAAGAGGAAGCAGCAGAAGAUUCGCACGAGCACGAACUGCCCUCGUAUGCUGACCUACCAGCAACGGAGCAGUCUAACGGGCAUCUGGACCGCAAGUCAGGCGACUUCGGUAUUGCUCAGUGAGCGGUCCUGCGCCAUCGUGCUGUCGUUUGGUUGGGUCAAAAGCGAGAAUGUUUUUUUGUAGCAUUGUACAUUUCCAAAACCUGAUUGUAUUCUGUAAC